CUUUGGGGAGACGUCCGUUUGUGGGCGAUCGCCAGACUUAACCGGGCGGCGCUCAUUCCACGCCAGUUUAACACUCCACGGUGCUGAGCUGUUUAAAUCCUCCGAAGGGGAGGUAAACUCUUGCUUGCUGAAAGUAUAUUUUAAAAUAUCUUCAAAGUCUAAACAGACUGGGAACUCAAUUCUGUGGACCAGGCUGGACUCGAACUCAAUAUUCACACUGUUACAAUAUGAGAGUGACUUUUCUCAUGUCCAGACGUCUUCCACACUGAUUGAAAACAUGGAUCCUGCUUUUACUAUUUACAGGGAUUAAGAAGGGCUGGCUUGGAACACUCUGCAGAGCUAAGGAUGACACCGAACGGAUCCUCCUGCGUCCACCUGUUAAAAUGUCAUAUGCCUCGCAACUGGGCUUCUAAUGUGUAGUUUUUUUUAAAUUUUGGACACUAUUUCAUAGGUUUCUAUCAUCUACUUGCUGAUUUCUCUGCCCAUUUUCUUCAGGGUUCCUGUUAUUUCUAAUGGUCACUGAAAAGAGGCAGGUAGAUUCUUUGAUGACUUUUCCACAGUUAAUUAUUCUAUUAAGAAACUACUCGCCGGUAGUGGUGGCGCACACCGGUAGGAUUUGCUGAAGGAGGCAGAGGCAGGAGGAUCACGAGUUCGAGGCCAGCCUGGGCUACACAUUAAAAAAAAAAAAAAGAAACUACUCUUUAGAGACAUGCAGACAGCACAUACAUGUUUAAGCCACACUGUAGAUGGCGCUGAUGGUCCGACUGGCCGCUGCUGUCCUGGUAAUGCAGACAUAAUGGCAGUUAUUCCCAGUGGAGCUCACCCUGUUGCAAGAGCAAUAGAAGCCUCCCGAAAUCCCAGCAAAAGCACCGUGCCUUUAACCCAAAGGCCUGGAUUCCAACAUCAUAGAUUCGCCCUCUUCGUGCCUUUCCCGACCUCUUUGGAGGCAGAAAUCGCCUGUGGGUCCCUAACUCCUGAUGUCGAACCACACCAAGAACUGGUUGGGAAGGAGCUUAAAGUGAGUGGCAGCAUGCUGGAGAUACACUGGAUCGCGGAAGAUUCUCGCCUCCUCCGAAUUUCCAUCAUGAACUUUCUUGAUCAGCUUUCCCUAGUGGUGAACACUAUACAUCUCUUUGGGCCUCCGGUUUCCUGUUAAGCCUGGCUGGGGACCCAGGUAUUGUAGAGUGAAAAAUUAUAGAUACUGGGUAUAUAGAAUCCUUUUUAGAUAUAAAAUAUUCUUUAGGCUUUCUUUACAAAGACAUGGAGGCAUGAAGCAAG